AUGGCCGCUCCGACAGAGAGAACCUGCUGCCUCUCGGGCAAAGUACAGCAUUAUGGGAUUGAAGUCAACAGUGGGCUUGUGUGGCAGCGAUGGGAAGCUGGAAAGGAAUACACCAAACACAUUGUGCUAAAAAAUGUUAAAGUAAAAACAGAGAAGAUUAAAUAUCACUCGCCUGAUACUCGUUUUUUCUCCACACUUUACCCUAAAACCAUCGUUUUGAGUGCAGGCACCAGUUUUACCCUGCCCGUAACGUUCAGGCCUCUUGAGAGGGUGGAAUACCGCGAUAAAAUCAUCUUUCAGACCAAGGAAGGUACUUUUGAGGUGGAACUAAAGGCUGUACUUCCUCAGGUUGACAUCCUCAUUCCAGAUCGGCUGGAGUUUCCCAUGUGUGCUGCACAAGACACUGUCAAAGUCGAGUUUAAGGUGAAAAAUACUGGUGAUUUGCCAACAACUUUCCAGUGGGACGUCUGUGACCCAUUCAUGAUCCAGCCAAUGGAAGCCUCGUUUCAGCCUCAAUCAGUCUGUGCUGUCACAGCCACGUUUCAGCCUCAGGGUGCAUCAGUUUACGAUGCCGUUGCGUACUGUAGGUAUGGGCCAGAUUUCUCUCUUCAGAAGGCGAUCAAGCUGUAUGGAAUUGGUAAAUAUCCUCACAUUUUGGUGUCCAGCCCUGGAAGCACCACCUCCAGCCUGGAUCAGUCAAAUUUAGAGGCUGUCAUCCAGUUCGACACUAUUCCCAUUGGUCAUUGUGAGGAGAAGUGGGUGGAGCUUCAUAACCUUUCUCCUGUGAGUGCUCCAUUCAUGGUGGAGCGUCCUGUGGGUGUGAGGCAGAUAGACACAGUUUUUCACUGUCUCCUGCAGCAGGGGGUGGUGCCAGCCAUGUCCAGUAUCAGGAUACCAAUAACAUUUACACCAAACACAGUAGAUACAACCAGCAUUGACUAUUUCCACGUGUUCGCCAUCGGCAAUGUGAGCAAGAGUGUUGUCAAGUGUGUGGGAUCGUCAGAAGGUCCAAGUGUAGGAUUGAGCUCAAACUCUGUGAACUUUAUGCAGAUUAAUGUUGGGGAGGUGGCCACACGGACUGUUGAUGUCAUCAACAACUCCAACACGGAAGCUUCUGUGCAGUUCAUGAUCGACUGUUUGGUGAGCGUGUUUGACUUUGAUCAUACGUGCCUUACCAUGAAGCCAUAUUCACGAAAGACGAUCAUUCUUCGCUUCAAGCCUCAAUAUCCCAUCAACUAUUACAGGAGAAUUUCGUGUCUGGUCCACAACCAGGGUCCCUUGUUCCUGGACCUGAUAGGAACCUGUCACUCAGAGCUGGUUAAGCCGUCUGUCCUGCUGGCCAAGCACAUUGACCGCUACUGGACACAUGUUCAGAGAGGCUUCUCCGUGUUCUCACCAGAGGAACUGAAUGAAAUGAUCAAAAAUAAGACCUUAGAAGUGGAUGAAACAGGAACCAUUCUUCCAAAAGAGGGAGUAGAGGAGCAUGCCCUUGUUGGCCCUGACAACAUCUCUCCUAUUGAUGAAUAUUUCAAUGACGGCUUUCACUGUGACGUUGUGGAGAGCAUACCUCAUGUGAGUCUGGACACAGACAAGGCAGACUUUGGUAAUUGUCAGAACCUGAGGAUUAUAGAGGACAAGACUAUUAACAUCACAAACCACACUAGAGGGAAAAUAACCAUUUCAUGGAUUGGAGACUCCGGUAAGACGUUCUCCGUGUCACCAGCUACAGUGGAUCUGCCUCCUAUGAAGUCCAUGUCAUUCCAAGUCUCAUUUAAACCUAAUGCUCCUAACCAGUUUUUCGGGGCAGAGCUGGAGUGCUUUGCAUACUACAAGAGCCUGCGAGAUUACAGACUGACAGAAGAUGUGACACACUGUCCCCCCUGGUGUAUGACCUUGACUUGUGUCGGUCACACCUUCAUGCCAAACAACGAGACAUUUUUGCCACGGUACACUUUGGACGACUCUAGGGUGGUCUUCCCAGCAGUCAAUGCUAACGAGGCGACGUACAGAACAAUUCUGCUGACCAACACUGGGACAACGCCAAUCAUGUUUGACAUCGAGAAGGACUCUAAAGAGAUCUUCAGUACAAAACCAUCCAAAGGACUUCUGACACAAGGGCACCUUGUGAUUGUUGUAAAAACCCUCCCAACAGAGGUAGCCAUAUACAAACGCAAGCUGAAAAUGCGCCUCAAUGAUUCUGAAAAGCAUGAUCAGGAGUUGGAGCUGUGGAGCUCUGCUGAGUCAGCAGAAGUGUCGCUGGAGUCCGAAGGUGUGAUGUACCUUAAGCCCACGUGUAUGGGCACCUUCUCCUUCAGGACAUACAGCGUGAAAAAUGUCUCCAGGAUUCCUCUCAGAUUUGAGUGGAAAAUGAAGCAUGCAGAUGCCCAACUGUUGUCAGUUACACCAGACACAGGACUGAUUCAGCCCAAUGAGACGCAGAGCCACGUUUGGCAGUUUGCUCCACGGGAAGAGGAAAAAUAUGUGAUGAAACCAACGCUGAUUGUCUGGGGGCAGGGCAAGAGCACAGGCUCUUCUGGUGGGAAACGCAAACAGUUCAUCGUCAGAGCAAUAGGAGAGGGAACUGUGGGUGAAAUCAAGUGCGAUGAGAGCUAUGUCAAUUUUGGUGACGUCGUUGUUGGAAGCUCUGCCGUCAAACAGCUGGUUAUUUACAACAACAGCAACUGUGGUCUUCACUAUUUCCUUCAUGUAGAUCAGACAGUAGACGAGGAGGCAUCUUCUGCCUGUACAGAAUUCGGCAAGAGCCAAGAACCAGCUCUCUCAUUAGACUUAACAGAAGGCACAAUACCUGCAAGGGCCAGACAGUUGAUCACAGCCACUGUGCGACCAACCAAGAGAACUACCUACCAGUUUGCCAUCUCUUACAAACUUAUCACACCAAAUGGUAAAUUUGAGCAGUCCACCCCUCAGGAACCCCAGUACCUAUGUCACCUGGUAUGUACAGGCGUGUUCCCUGUCAUGACUGUCACAGACGCGCGCUGUCAGGGAAGUGCCGCUGGAAUCAGCAAGAAACACAUUUGGAACCUUUUUUCUUUGGAUGACCUAAAUGUGUGCUUGGAUGCAGACCCGACAUCAUCAGAAUUGAAAUAUACAACAGCCACCAGAUCCAGCCUCAGACGUAAAGUGUCCGUGUACACACGGGCCAUCCUGGACCUGAAUUUCAGCGCUGCGCCCUGUGGAAGCGCCCCCUGUAUUAUAACACUCCUUCUGGAAAACACAGGCACUGUUACAGCUCAGUGGUCGUUCCUGUUCCCGUCAGACCUUCAGAUGGACGUUGAACACUGGUCAGAGACAGGAGAGCUGGAUGCAGAUGAGCUACACCAGAUGAAAGUAAUGCACAACAAACUGUUCUCGGUGGAGCCCAAGAAAGGGAAGCUUGCCCCCGGGCAGACACAGUCAGUGACCUUCCAGUACCAGCACAUCAUGGCGGGCACAGAUCGGCUGCCUGUCCUGCUCAAGAUGGUCAACGGCAGGGAGAUCCUGUUGAAUUUCAUUGGUGUGACAGUUGAUGCAGAAAGACGUUACAUCCACUUCCCCGCCAACAAACACCUGUUUGCUCCUGUGCCCGUGGGGGAGAAAAUCAGCCCAAAACAGAUCUAUGAGAUGUACAAUGGAGGAGCUGUGCCUGUGAAAUACGAGUUUGAUCUGACACCUCUACAGAUCCUGUGCAAGGAAAACUUUGACCAGCCAGUGCUAGAAUGUCUCAAUCCUUGUGGUGAACUGGACCCCGGAAAGACAGCCCAGAUCGAGUGGAGAUUCUCUCCUGUGGAAGCCAAGACUUAUAUGGUUGAUGUUCCGAUCCGAGUUUAUCAGGGUGACACAGCAGUGAUCACUUUCACGGGGGUCGGAUACGACAAGAGGAUCAUGGGAAAUACCAUGCCACUGACCGACCAACCACAGUUAGGGGGUGUUCCUAGCAUUCAGAGCGUGCCUGUGCCAGGGCAGCUGGCGUACUUGUCUCAAGAGCGUCUUUCCUUGGGUAACCUCCCCUUGUUUAGCCGUGCCCGCCAGAUGGUCUCGGUGACCAACAGGUCACGUGAUCACAAGGUCUCGUUUGAGUGGCACGUGACAUCAGAGAGCGACGGACAGUUAUUGUCGAUCUACCCAGUUUGCGGCCAUCUAGAGCCAGGAGAGAGCCAGAUGUGUCGUGUCUGUUUCACCGCUCGUGGAGUCCCCUCCUUCUAUGACCUUGACCUUAUCUGUGAGAUAACUGAUGAAAGCGAAAUGAAGAAAUACAGAACCAAGAUGGCAGAGUGGGAGAGAGAGAAAGAACGUCAGAUGUACGAGUUCACAAUAACGGAGGAUGACCUGGAUGCUGACAAGAGAGUUGGGGCAAAUGUCGAAAUUCUGGAUCGUCCCCGUAGUGGUCAGUUGACAGCGUUAGAAGACAGUCAGAGACAGAGUAGCAGCGAGGCAGACCUCUCCAAGUAUAAGACUCUUCCACCCAUCAAAACGCUGACUGCGGAUGAUCUACAUGAACUGGAGAAAGAGAACCGUAAGAAAGCAGUGACUCUGUGGGAGCGGCCUGUGGCUCCAUCUCCUUUCAUCCUUCACCUGGGAGUGACAGCUCGCACGCACGACGUGCGUGAAUUCCAGGAUAACUUCCCAGAGGAGUACAGGGCUUUCUUUAUUGACAGAGCAUUGAGUGAGAAAUCAGUGAGGUCAUCUCAGAGUCAGACCAAUGAACAAAUGUCUGGUCCAUCUGUGAUCAACUGUCUGGAGUCAGAGGGACAGGUGGUAGCAGGAGUCCUCAGUAACAUCCUAAGAGGUCUGAUGGAUGACACAUACUUCCAUGAUGCCGUCAACAAGAUCAGCGAAGAACCCAUCCCGUACUUUGAUCAGUACCGGCGCCCAGUCACUCUUGGGGCAGGGGUAGUGGAGGCUGCAUCAGAACACUUGCAGACACAGGUGGAUGAUAGAAAGACCCCGUGCUCUGAUAUCGGGAACAUUGAAACCCCAGACAGCCCUGUGUCUGUACCGGAGAGAACGGCGCGAGGUGUCACACCUAAAACCGGGUCCCCUGUGGUUUGCCCGGGUUCUCCACCCUGUACUCCUGUGGCAUCCCAGGAUACAUUAGACAAGGCUUUCCUUAAGGAGAAGCAGUUACAGGAGACUCAGGACUUGAAAAAACUUCCGGAAUUUGGAAAUUUAAGUGAGUCAAUCAUUGAGAAUACACUGAUGAACAUUAUGUGCGAGGCUCUAAGCGGAGAAUUCCGAAUAACUGCAAGACCAAGGUUUAUCGCCCUGCCCAAGAAACCUGCUUCAGCCAACAGCAGAUCUGGAAGGCUGUGA